UUAUUCUAUUAUUAUCAAAAUAUGCCUACUUGAUAGAACCGCCGCAUAACCUCUGACCCGACAGAGCCCCAGAAUGGAUGAAAGUGUCCAGCCAAACAUGGUCAUAAAGUCGUCAUCUAUUGUGGAGGAUUACGAGGUCUUGUGGCGCAAAAGUCUGGGUACAGGAGUCAGUGGGCCUGUCAGGUUGUGUGUAAAGAGGAACACAGGAGAGAAAUAUGCCCUGAAAUGUCUGGUAGACAGUAAGAAGGCCAGGACUGAGGUGUUGUUACACCAGCGGUGCUGCCCCCACCCCAACAUCGUCCAGAUCUACGAUGUCUACUGCAACAGUGUGCAGUUCCCGCGGGAGGCCGUCGCUAGGAGUCGCCUGCUGGUCGUCAUGGAGCUGAUGAACGGGGGAGAGCUGUUUGAUCAGAUCAUCAGGGAGAAGCACUUCACAGAGAAAAAGGCUGCAGCCAUCACUAAACAGAUUGUUUCUGCUGUGUGCCACUGUCAUUCCCUCAACAUUGCCCACAGAGACCUGAAACCAGAAAACUUGUUACUCAAGGAGAAAUCUGAGGACCUACAGAAUGUGACCAUCAAGCUGGCAGACUUUGGGUUUGCUAAGGAGGAUAUAGGCCUUGUCACUCCACAGUUCACUCCCUACUAUGUUGCACCUCAGGUUUUAGAAGCUCAGAAACAGCAGAGACUGGAAAGAUCAGGGUUAAAGACACCACCAGGGACACCCUACACCUAUGAUAAGAGCUGUGACAUGUGGUCGGUGGGUGUGAUCAUCUACAUCAUGCUGUGUGGCUACCCCCCGUUCUUCCCCGAGACCCCCAGCAAACAGAUGACCCCCAACAUGAAGCGGAAGAUCAUGGCGGGAGAGUAUCGCUUUCCGGAGAACGAGUGGAGCAUGGUGUCAGGCAUGGCCAAGGACGUCAUACAGAGGUUAUUGGAAGUGGACCCAGUGAAGAGGAUGACAGUGCAGGAGUUUAUUCACCAUCCCUGGCUCCUAGGGGAGGAGGCCCCUGAACUAGCAUUGCUGUCCCCUGCCAUCAUGCAGGACAAGGAUGCCUUGAACGAGGUGAUGCAUGCGCACGCCCAGCAGCUGACAGCGAUGAGGACACCAGACACAAGCUUCCAGCUCAAACCCCUCAAGUCAGCUGAAAACCCCAUCCUGAAGAAGAGACUGAAAGCGCGCUAGCCCAGGUCUUCUCUUUGGGGAGGGGGUGAGGAAAGUACAGUUUGCAAAAUGACACUAAUAGUACUCAAGUAACUGGAUAUGUUUUGGACAAUGGUCAGACGUUUUAGACAGCAUCGGCUGUCUUUCAUUAGUGAUUGGGUCCAUAAAUUGUCCAAAACGUCUGACCGUUCCCAAAAUCAUUUCCAGUUGAUUGAGUAACUGUUGUUUGGCACAUCGUAUUACUAUUACCUCUUUGCCUAACCUUCAUUGAUGUGUAAAAUACUGUUUGAUAUCUUGGGUACCAUCCUGGUUAGCUUUGGCAGCUGCUGACAUGAUAUAUAAAGAUGUAGUGAUUUCAUUCCUUUAGACCCUUGCAGUGCCUCAGGUGGCACACAGGUCAACAUAAGUUAUCUCGCUAUUUCAAUAGACUGGUCUUUUUUGUAGGGAGGGGUUGCUGGCCCUUCCCUAGCUAUAGACAAAGCACUUCCUUGAACACAGAAUGACCAUUUUACCUCCCUUACAAAAGACAGGUGCAGCUGCCCAAACCAAGAUGCUCUUCCCACGAUUGAACCGGGUUUUCCCAGUGUUACCAGCAUAUUGGAACUAGAAGAAGCACAACUGUUCAGCUGCUAUGAGUUGAGCUACAGAGACAUGAUUAGUUAAAAGAAGGAGCUAUGACUAUCACAGAGCAGUUCUGUUGUAUACUAGGCAGAAUGCUAUUGAGACUAUAGUGAGCUUUUUCUUUAAAAGGCAGAGAACAACAGGCUUAAUAUUUGACCAGCAACUGCAUGGUUGGCAAAAAUAUAGUGAAAUUUGAUCAUGAUGAUGUGUUUUUUUUUUCGGCAAGAUAUCUGGAAAAGAUUACUUGGAUGCUG